AUGCUCAAUGUGACACCCGCAGGGGCCCUGCAGAAGAACCAUGUUCACUACAACUAUCUGGCUCUGGUGUUUGGGGUCCCUCUCAUCCUGGCCAUCAUCCUGGGAAACGUCCUGGUGUGUCUGAGCGUGCUCACUGAGAGGUCCCUGAAAACCGCCACCAACUACUUCAUAGUGAGCCUGGCUGUGGCAGACCUCCUGCUGGCUGUGCUAGUCUUGCCCCUCUAUGUCUACUCAGAAUUUCUUGGAGGCAUAUGGACGCUGAACACCUACAUCUGUGAUGCGCUGAUGACUAUGGACGUGAUGCUGUGCACUGCCUCCAUUCUUAACCUCUGUGCCAUCAGUGUGGACAGGUACAUAGCGGUGGUGGUGCCUCUGAAGUAUAACCGAAACCAGUUCAGCAUGAGGCAGCUGGCCCUGAUCGCAGCCACCUGGGUGCUGUCGCUGGGCGUGGCCAGCCCUGUCAUCUUCGGCCUGAACCAGGUGCCGGGGCGCGACGCCAGCGUGUGCAAGCUGGAGGACGACAGCUUCGUGGUGUACUCGUCCGUCUGCUCCUUCUUCGUGCCGUGCCCCGUCAUGCUGCUGCUGUAUUACUGGAUGUUCCGGGGUCUGCGGCGCUGGAGCGCCAGCCGCAGGUCCAACCUGCUGCGCGGAGAGCGCCGCUUCUCCCUCAGCCUCAAAGGCCUACGCCGCCACCGCAGGUCAAAGGUCAAGUACCUGAUGCCCAGCCUGAGCCCCACCGCCGCCGAGCCGGCCGACCGGGUGCCGGGCCUGCCCGUGCCCGACAACGACAUGGACCUCGUCACCACCCAGAUGGACAGCGUUUCGGACGCGGAGGGACCCGAGAGGGCCCGGGAGGGCAGCCCCAAGGAGAACGGGCUGCGGGGCUACGGGUCCGGGAGGGGAUCCCACAGCAAGAGCAGCCGAGUGAGCGGCCGCGAGAGGAAGGCAAUGAGGGUUCUCCCCGUCGUCGUAGGUGUGUUCCUGGCCUGCUGGACCCCCUUCUUCGUGGUCCACGUCACCAAGGUCCUCUGUGUGUCGUGCAACAUCGGGCCGACGCUCAUCUCCGUGGUGACGUGGCUGGGUUACGUCAACAGCGCGGUCAAUCCCAUCAUCUACACUGCCUUCAACACCGAAUUCAGGAAUGUCUUUCACAAACUACUGUGCUGUCAAACAUGA